AUGAAGGUGGGAAUGGAGACGGAAAGAACCCCUCUCCGCGUGUUGUUCCUUACUCCCUACUUUCGCCCCUAUUUGGGGGGCAUAGAACGGGCUAUUGAACGCUUGUCAUUCCAACUGCUUGAUUCCCAAGCCAUUGAGGCGGUGGGGGUGUUGACCACCAAGUACGCCUUUCCCCGAGUACCGCACCCUGAAUGGCCCGACCGAGAACAGACGGAGGAAGGCAUCUCCAUCUUUCGACUGAAGGGCUUCCCAAGGACUUCUCUGCCCCUUUACUCGGUGCCGCUGGUGUGGUUCUCGCCAGCGCAGGUACGCCAUUACCUGGAAGAGUUCAAUCCUCAUAUAGUUCAUUUCGUGGGCGAUGGUUGGUUCUGGGGCCAUUUCUGGUCUUGGUCGUGUCGCAAAGGCCGGGCCAGGUUUGUGUUUACUCCCUCUUAUCACACCCUGCCAAAGAGCCGCAUUUGGCUCAAGUAUAUCAACCGUUUCAUUUCCCAACGGGUCGACGAUGUUGUGACACUCACCCUCCAGGAAGCCGAGCAGGUAAGGCGUGAUUAUAAGGUAAGUGAUGACCAGCUUUCCGUCAUAGGCUGGGGAGCUUCAGUCAUGGGUCGCAAGACGGAGGCUGUAGACACGGUGCCGGGCAAUGAUAACGACCCUCUGACGAUUCUCUGCGUCGGCCGGCUGAGCAGCACAAAGGGGCAGCUUGGCUAA